CCUGGUGUCGCGCUUGCCUGCUCUCGGCUCCUCCCAGCCGAACAGCACCUCCGAUUUCGCCCUUGAGGCCUUCCCAGCAGUAAUCCAGCUGGCUCCCGCCAACGAUUAUUCACUCCGCGCAGUUUUCCCAGCGUCCUAGCCCAAUCAACUUCCAAAGACCUUUCAACUUUGAUCUCGCUUAAACUAAAUUCUUUCUACAGAUGAGUCCUUUUACUCUUCUCUGGCUCUCCGCGCACGAAAGUUAUAUCGUGCGGUGGCAGGACUGUACUUUCUGUAAUGCUUGAUGAGUUCUUUGUGUACGUGCUGUUCUUUUACAAUAAUCGGCCAAACCAGGGCUGUCAGAUUGAGAAGUCACUGGAAAGAACGUAAUAAAUAUGUUCGGUAGUGAUCCUCAAAGAUGAGGGCCUUCCCUGGACGUAGUCUGGUGCGCUGAUUUGGCGCCUGGGAAGAAAUGCAUCUUUUGGUCAAACCUGAUUUAAAGAUAUGCGUCCAGUGCCCUGGGAGUGUGCGAAAUUUGUCAGAAGUGGCCCUUUAUUGUAAGCAGACACCAGAGCUAAUGUUGCACGCCCGCUGCUGCCUGAAUCAGAAGGGCAUCAUCCUGGGGCUGGAUCUCCAGAACUGUUCUCUGAAGGACCCAGGUCCAGACUUUGCUCAGGCACAUACUGCUGUCAUCAUAGACCUGCAAGCAAACCCCCUCAAGGAUGACUUGGCCAACACAUUCCGUGGCUUUACCCAGCUCCAGACUCUGAUACUACCACAAGAUGUCAACUGUCCUGGAGGUAUUAAUGCCUGGAAUAUUGUCACCACUUAUACAAACUAUCAAACCUGCCAAGGGCAAAGGAACCUUUGCAAUAGCACAGGGGAUACAGAAAUAUGUCCUGAGAAUGGAUCUUGUGUGUCUGAUGGUCCAGGUCUUUUGCAAUGUAUUUGUGCUGAUGGAUUCCAUGGCUACAAGUGUAUGCGCCAGGGCUCCUUCUCGCUGCUUCUGUUCUUUGGGAUUCUGGGAUCCACCACAUUAUCCAUCUCUAUCCUGCUUUGGGGGACCCAACGCCGAAAAGCGAAGGCUUCAUGAACCACAUAAGUCUUCCUUCAGACCUAAAGAACACCGCGAUCCCACUUAGCCCAGCCAGCAAGAUUUGCUUCCGAUACCGGCUGGCCAGAGGAUCCUGCGCGAGGCCGAGGUUGAAAGGAAGAUGGGACAUUGCGCUAUGCUGGAGCAUCAUAUUCCAAUCCAGGAGUGGACUAGUACCAGUUCCCAUUUGUGCUGUUAACGAUAAUAAACCUUU